CAACCAAUGCAGUCAACGAUCUCGUGUCAGCUGUCGGUUGGCGAGGCCGUCUCUUGUGUUCUUCUGUACCACGUGCGCAGCUAAAAAAAGCGAGAAACCCUUUUUAAGUCGCUUAAAGUGAAGUCGAAGGGGUGACCAAUUCACUUGUGGUUUUUCUUGAUGUUAAAGUUGGGACAGACAAGGCAGUGUGAGCUGCAGCGUGACAACGUGCUUGUUGAGACGCUUUAAGCGUGCUUGGACGUUAAGAAUGGGCGUGCUAAGUCCGAGGCACUCGGCAGAUUACAUCGUCAAAAACGCUAGAGACGUAACCAUUGACCGUGGCGGCAUUUGCAAGGUUGCAGAUGUUGUGCUGGACUGCUACAACAGAGGCCUGGUUGGGACACAUGCGUGGAGAGAUCACCCAUUGCAUCCAAAGGUUGCGGAUGAUUCUGCAGCCCAAUGGGUUUCUCUUGUCGACGCCCUGAACUUCAACUUCUGGUCGGAAGACAGUACACAACGGUUUGCAGUGCAAUGGAAUGGCACUUUGCAUACUGGCUACUAUUCAUUAUGUGCUGUUGUGGCUCGUGCUUUGGAGGAAGGUGUUCCCCUUCUCAGUGCCCAAUUCUGCUGCAGCAUUUCUUUGCAGCAAGUGCAGCAUAUAUUUCGGUCUGAUACAAAUGUGGAGAUCCCCCUGCUCAAGGAAAGACACAAAGUUUUGCAAGAAUGGGGCCAUGUCUUGUCCAAUGAGUAUGGUGGAUCAUUUGCCAACUGCAUUCGAGAAUGUAAAAACAGCUGCCAGACACUGCUGGAGAAGGUUGUGAAAAGCUUCACAUCAUUUCAAGAUGAAGGAACAUUUGAUGGUGUUAGAGUGUCAUUCUACAAGCGGGCUCAAAUACUUGUUGCUGACCUCUGGAGCUGCUUUCAAGGCCAAGGCCUGGGCCUCUUUGAGGAUAUUGCCAUGCUGACAGCAUUUGCUGACUACCGUGUGCCCCAAGUGCUCGCCUAUUUUGGAGCAUUACGUUACUCCCCGCGCCUCUCCAGUUUGCUCGAGAAAGGGUGCAUCUUGGAAAGUGGAAGCAGAGAAGAAAUGGAGAUUCGUGGGGCAACAAUUCAUGCAUGUGAGGUAGGAAGUUGGACGGUGUGUCCUAAACUAGUGGUGAUGAGCUGCAAGGUUAGUUCUGAUGCUGUGGCACAGAUGCAGGAACAUGCAGCACAGUCCCUAGUGUUUAUCAUUUGCGUCCAUGUUGAAGGUAGGAUAGAGAUUGUGUAGUUCUUUGGGCUUGAGCUGUUAUAGUAUUGAGAUCUUCAAGCAACGGGUUGGCCGCUCUCAUGUGUAAAUGGUUUCUUCUAUAUGUUCUUCCUUCAGUUCCCUUUAUGAUGAAUUAGUGAGGUUUUGUGCCAACAUCUAUGAUAACACACAGCUUCCACUGACUAUUGAACCUGAACCAAACAUCAUUACAUGCUAUCUAGGUCCCAGUGGUUUUAGCAUUGAUGAAUGUAUGUUGUUAGGCUUGGUGUUAUUCAGUCUGACAAACUUGCAAACCAUGGUGAUGGGCUUUAGUAGGAUAACUUGGCUUGAGCAGCAUUGGAUGCACUGGCACAAGGGUGCGGACCUUUCACCCCGUCAACGUUUCUGCCAGAGAGGGCAGUGCGGAUGUUUGUGUUGCGCUGUAAUUGAGGAGGGCCGUGUUUAAUCUCUCCUUGCUUCCUGAGCCUUGGACAUAGUAUGCUUCGUUGUCUGAAUCUGGGAUAUUGAGGGAAUGAAGUGCAAUGCCUAAAGUCCCAUGGAGCAUAUUGAAGUCUGCAAGUUCCCUGCUAUCAAACUGAGGCCUGUUGUUUGAGAUGGCUUCAUGUGGGAUGCCAAACUGCAUACAUCUUGUUGAAGGCACCAAAAACAGAGCAACCAGAUGAUGUUAGUCUUUCAGCGUCUACAUACAUUGAAUAGUCAAUUAUGAGCAGACAACGAAAUCGGUUAAGGUGGAAGGUGUCCAUUCCCAGCUUUUAUCAUGGUAAGGAUGGCAGUGGGACGUCAAACAGUUAUUUAUGAUUGUUUGCAGGCAUGUAAUGAUGACGUGUAGUGCAAUCAAUGUUUUGCCAUGCUUUCCACAUCUCGAGUCAUUCCAGGCCUGUAAACAGCCUCUCAAGCUCAGGCUUUGCAUACUGGCAUACGACGAUGCCCAAGAUGAAGCUUUGCAAGCACUGAUGGGCAAGCAGCAAAUUGAAUGACCAAGCAGAGACCUUGACAAAGCAGUCCUUCAGCCUCAUGAAGUUCUCUGCAAUUCCAGAGUCUGCGCUGACCGGAGCACUUUCUACUGCUCUACCAGCUUGGAUGUGCUUCAUCACAAGCUGAAGUGUUGAAUCAGCUGCUCUCUGCAUACUGGUGUGGUUUAGCAUUUCACUGGAUGCCUGAGCAAGCAGACAAAGUGAGACAUGGUAUCCACAUAUAGUUUGUCCACAGAGUCUAACUACAAGGGGGUUCUGGAGAGAGUGUCUGCUGCAACAAGCUCUUUUCCUAGGACAUGCACCAGCUGAAUGUCGUACGGCUGCAGGCAAAGCAGUAGGCACUGUAAUCUGGUUGUUACUGCAUCAAAUGGCUUCUAAACAAGACCCACAAGAGGCCGGUGAUCAGUCUGGACUUCAAAUGGUCUCCUAUAGGUAGUUGCAUCAUCAUGUGCAUACUGAUUGGGUUGUCUUGUCAUCGUGUCCAUAAAUUCUUCAAACAUUGGGCCAGGCGCUUGUCGAGUGUUACAGGAAAUGAACGAGCCAUGCAUUGCAUUCAAAUACCCCUGGAAGUGCCGAUCAAACGCCAUGAUGACAUUGGUGAACUUUGGCUUCUGGCCUGUAAAAGUGAACCUUGGUAUUUGGUCAUAAGCUCUUGACCACCAAUAUGAAGUAAAAGUGCCACGCACAUGACACCACACCUUCUUUGUCAUACUUAAUGGCCUGCUGGUGUCAUAUUUUUUGUAAAAUCAGUGUUGACCUUUCCUAUAAAAAUGCAGGAAUGACUGUGUUAGUGCUACUAUGUUCUGACAGAAAAUGUGCUUGACUGAUAGUUCUCUGCAUUGAGUACAGAAGUAUGUUUGAACCGAUUUCAAAGCAUCAGACUUGCUAAUAUUUACAUAUGCCAUUGCAAUUUUAUCUUUUUUGUCAGCCUUCAGCAGACAGUCAUUACUUCGUGUAUUGUAGUCAUUGACAAGUGUUAUUUGAAAUUGUCAUUUUUAAAAAUGCACUUGCAAUUUCUGUUGCAUCUAGAAUUUUUGUUCUCUUGGAAGGGGAUAUGUGUGCUGUACGAAAGCUGAAUAAAAGGUUUUAUUGGUGUU